AUGCGUCGCGCGAAAUUCAUAACAAACUUCAGAACCCUGGAUAAACAUCAGUUCCAGCAUCUUCAAAACAGGAUGAAAAACUUGAGGGAUCUUGUGAUCCCAAGGAAGGAACUUAGGUGCUGGGAGGAUAGCCUAGCAUGGGCUAGAGAUGGUACUUUGUAUAUUACUACGAUUCCUGAGGUUACUAUAUGUCAGUCGUUAUUUAAGAGACAGGUAAACAUGCAAGCUAAAAGCUUAUUUCAUGUUAAGGAAUAUCCUAUGAAGGUUGAAAAUAAAUUUGAAUUUCUAUCGACAGAUCGGAAUGUGUUAAUCAAUUCACAGCCUGAGCCAGGUGUUGUAAGCUGUAUUCCUUCUCCCACGAACGGUUAUAUAUUGGUGCUAACCAAUAAUGCUAAUGUAAUUCUAUUUGAAGGUCAGACAUGUAUUAGCCAAAUAGAUGAGGAGAUGAGGGGCUUCAAUGAGCGAUCAUACCGAUCUAUGUGCUGGGGUCCUGACGGUAAGCGUCUUGCUAUUGGAAAUGAGAAUUCUGAGUUGAUUAUAUUUACUAUUGAUGGAAUUGAUACAUCAUCACCGAAGGUGGUACACGAGCGCACUAUCCAGUUAACGGAUAAUCAAGAUGAAUGGGUUAUUGGUAUUUGUUGGGAUAGAUAUACUAUUGUGGCUUAUACUACUACAAGUUCUAUCUUUACAAUAUCAACUACCAAUUAUAAGCCCCAAAUGAUUUUGAAUGAAUCUGUGCAUCAUAUAUCAGAUGUACGCAUUAUGGAAAAUAAUGUCUUAGUAACCCGUGUGGGAAGUUUUCACAGAAUUGACAUUUCUUCAGGCAGAUGUGAUAACCUUGCUUUAGGUCCUUAUGGUGAUUUUUAUAUUGUUCCAAUACCUAACCAAAAAACCAUAGUCCUGUUAUCCAACAAAACUAGUUGUAAAGUUCAGCUUCAAGGUGCACUAAAGCUAGAAAACGAUGAUAUUAUCUCACCAUUUGUUGAAGCUAAACUCAAAAGGUGGAACACAGUGUUUAAUGAGUUUAAAAAAUAUGAGACAGCAUUCAGCAUUUAUGGUAUAUCUACCUCUCCAGAUGGCUAUUCGUUAGCUAUCCUCUAUGAUAUUGAAAGGGUGAGUUUUAAGUACCGGAUUCUUUCUGAACUGCAAUACCGAAUUAUGUUCAUACCAUUAGCAGAUGUAUGGAGAAUAACUUCUGCUUCAUCAGGUUUGGCAUGGUAUCAAAACUAUCAUAUCUACAAUUCUGAAGUUCCAGAAAACAUAGAAGAAACAGGAGAUAUUCUCUUUGACAACAGUUUAGAUUUUAUAUCCUUUUUACAGCAGCUCCGCUCUUCCAAAGAGGUAAAUUGUUUAAGAUUUAAGAAUCUAAUUACGGAAACGCCGUCUGAUGAAUGGUAUAAAUCAAUUUUAUUUUCCUACGCUGUCAAAAAUUUGGAUCGUAUAGUAAAUCCGCUAGAUAAAGCUUGCGUUGUAUCCUUGGCAAAAAUUCUAAAGCAAGAUAUUGGUAUUUCAGAUUCUAAGGUCGAGAUGAAAGGAGAAUUCAUCUCGGAGAAUUUCGAUUUCCACAAAAAUAACCACCCAGAAACUGUUCAAUCUGAGGAUGGAAAUGUCUGGAGAAGAUGUGCUAUUACAUACCUUCCUUUAUUGACUACAAAGGUAAAAUUCUGUCCUGUAAGUGGCCAACGUAUUAUAGAUAUUCACAGAGACCCGUUUAAUGAUUAUGGUUGGUUUACAAAAACACUACUGGAGGUGUUUAAUGAUGAAAGUAUUUACACAGGCACCAAAAUGGUAACAAUAUAG